AUGUCUCCGCAGUUCUUUUCACGUUAUUUACCGGUGGACAUCAUGCUCCCCAGUCCGGCCAUAACGUCUUCCACCACGCCUUUUUCAGUCAAGGACAUCCUGAAGUUGGAGCUGCAGCGACAAUCUCAGGAGCUCCAGUACAUCUCCUGCCUGGGUCUCCCUCAGUCUGGACCUUUCCGAGCACACUCGCCGCCCUCCUGCAUGCUGGCCAGAAGAGACAGUCCAAGUCCAAUCAGUUCUGGAUUGUCGGAAAGCGACGAGAGGAUGUCUUACUUCGGCGCGCUCGCUGCACCGGACCGGUUGGCUGAGUCCGGACUGCCGGUGGAGAUGUUCACUGGCAACCCGGUGCAGAUGCAUACAGACCUGCAAGUGGAGACCGAGCAGGAGGACCAAGAAACGAAGGUGUGUACUUCUUUGCGGGGCGACGACGGGGAGAAGCCGGCCAGCAAACAGCAGAGGACCAGAAGGAAGCCCCGGGUCCUCUUCUCCCAGACUCAGGUGUUCGAGCUGGAGCGUCGCUUCAAGCGGCAGCGCUACCUGUCCGCCCCGGAGAGAGAACACCUGGCGGGCUCGCUCAAACUCACGCCUACGCAAGUGAAGAUCUGGUUCCAGAACCGGAGGUACAAAUGCAAGAGGCAGCGACAGGACAAGUCUCUGGAGAUGGCUGGUCAUCACCACCACCACCACCACCACCACCACCCUCCUCCACCGCCGCCUAGGAGGGUGGCUGUGCCGGUGCUGGUGCGUGACGGGAGGCCUUGUUUGACUGGAUCCCCAACAUAUAACACUUCUUACUCAGUAGCACCAAGCGCGUACACCUACAACGGCUACCCGGCCUACAGCUACAACAACUCUGUAUACACCAACACUUACUCUUGUGCUAGCUUACCUGCUCUGCAGCCCUCCAACACUGCAGCCAACGCCUUCAUGAACAUGACUUUGGGACCUCUGGGUGCACAGACGCAGAGCCAGUCUGCACAGGGGACAGUGGCUCCUCCAUGCCAGGGGACUCUGCAGGGCAUCAGGGCCUGGUAA